AUGGCCGAACUCAAUACUCAUGUGAAUGUCAAGGAAAAGAUCUAUGCAGUUCGAUCAGUGGUUCCCAACAAAAGCAAUAAUGAAAUAGUCCUGGUGCUACAGCAGUUUGAUUUUAAUGUAGAUAAAGCAGUGCAGGCCUUUGUGGAUGGUGAUGCAAUUCAAGUUCUAAAAGAAUGGAAUAUGACAGGAAAAAAGAAGAACAAUAAGAGAAAACGAAGCAAGUCCAAGCAGCAUCAAGGCAACAAAGAUGCUAAAGACAAGGCAGAGAGACCCGAGGCAGGGCCCAUGCAGCCACCACCGCCCCAGAUACAAAAUGGCCACAUCAACGGCUGUGAGAAGGACAGCUCAUCCACUGAUUCUGCCAGUGAAAAACCAGCCCUUCCCCCUCGUGAGAAAAAGAUCUCAAUACUCGAGGAACCUUCAAAGGCACUCCGUGGGGUCACAGAAGGCAACAGACCACUGCAACAGAAAGUGUCCUUAGAUGGGAACCCCAAACCUAUACAUGGAACACCAGAGAGGUCAGAUGGCCUACAGUGGUCAGCUGAGCAGCCUUGUAACCCAAGCAAGCCUAAGACAAAAACAUCUCCUGUUAAGUCCAAUGCCCCUGCAGCUCAUCUUGAAAUAAAGCCAGAUGAGUUGGCAAAGAAAAGAGGCCCAAAUAUUGAGAAAUCAGUGAAGGAUUUGCAACGCUGUACUGUGUCUCUAACUAGAUAUCGUGUCAUGAUCAAGGAAGAAGUAGAUAGUUCCGUGAAGAAGAUCAAAGCUGCCUUUGCUGAAUUACACAACUGCAUCAUUGACAAAGAAGUUUCAUUAAUGGCUGAAAUGGAUAAAGUUAAAGAAGAAGCCAUGGAAAUCUUGACUGCUCGUCAAAAGAAAGCUGAAGAACUAAAAAGACUUACCGAUCUAGCCAGUCAGAUGGCAGAGAUGCAGCUGGCCGAACUCAGGGCAGAAAUUAAGCACUUUGUCAGCGAGCGCAAAUAUGAUGAAGAGCUCGGGAAAGCUGCCCGGUUCUCCUGUGACAUUGAACAGCUCAAGGCCCAAAUCAUGCUCUGCGGAGAAAUUACACAUCCAAAGAACAACUAUUCCUCAAGAACUCCCUGCAGCUCCCUCCUGCCGCUGCUCAGCGCUCACGCAGCCACCUCUGGGAAACAGAGUAACUUUACCCGAAAGUCAUCGAGUCACAACAAGCCCUCCGAAGGUAAAGCGGCAAACCCCAAAAUGGCGAGCAACCUUCCCAGCACCGCCGACAGCUCUCACCAGCCCGUGCCGGCUAAUAAGCAGAAUGGGUCUUCCAGCCAAAGACGAAGAUUUAAUCCGCAGUAUCACAACAACAGGCUAAACGGGUCUGCCAAGCCCCCGGGCAGUGGCAGUGAAGCCGACCCGAUGGCGAAGAGCAACAACCGCCACGAACACAGAAGACAGCCACACAACGGCUUCCGUCCCAAAAACAAAGGCGGCGCCAAAAACCAAGAGGCCUCCUUGGGGACGAAGGCCCCCGAGGCCCCCGCCCACCCGGAAAAGCCCCGGCGGAGGCAGCACGCCGCGGACAACGCGGAGGCCAGGCCUUUCCGGGGCAACGUGGCCAGGGUCUCCCAGUGCAACCUCUGCCCCACCAGAAUAGAAGUUUCCACAGAUGCCGCGGUUCUCUCGGUCCCGGCUGUGACGUUGGUGGCCUGA